AUGGCCGAUUCACCUUCUUCUAAUACUUCUUUUGUCACUGUCUUUAACCCAGAGCAAGAGGAAAAAGACAAGGUUUGGGUUCAAAAGCUACAAAAUGCGAGGAAGAAAAUAAUCAAAGCACACUAUAAGUCUAUGUUCGACUUUUAUAUCAACGCACUUGAACAGGCGAAAACAUGGUGGGAUGCCAAUAAUAAAAUGACUCAGCGAGGCAUGAUGGAAGUUACAGCGAGAGCCAUGAUAUCAGCUGAAGAAAACUUCCUCAAUGAAACUCUUGUACCAUAUAUGGCAUCUAUUGAAGAUUUGGUGAUCGAACACGAAAACCAGUUUGGAGAGGAUAAACGGCUUGAUGGGUACUUUCGUACCUGGAUGGAAAGGGUGGCUGCCUGUUUUCCAAUGAUCAAGGGCGACGUUAACAAGCUAAUUGAUCUAAUAGAAGAAGGAUUGGAAUAUAAAUUUGCACCAUACCACUAUUCUGAGAUCAAAGACAUUUUGGAAACUCCCCUCGCUACCGAAAACAGAAUGAUCUAUUGGGAUAAAUGGAAUCCGAAGAUUCAAGAGAGCGAUUUUCUCACUCAAAUUCUUGAUGACGAGCCCGCCGAGAACGUAAUAGAGACGCAGAGACAAAAAACUUUUGAAGCUUUUAAAGAACUUCAACUCAAGCAGAUUGAAGCUGUGCGGGCGACGGUCCACAAUCACUCGCGCAAUGAGACCGAAGCCCGUUUUCAAGAUUUCUCACGAAAGAUCGAGGAAUCUUUCGAAACGCUGACAAAUGUCAAAAAAGAUAUCAAAUCAUCUUUGAUGAUGCAGUUCAGUGUCUAUAAGUUUCGAUUCCUAGCCCCGUUAGAAGAGGUAUAUAGAGAGGGGGUCCCUUUGGCCAUCCGGGAAGGUCGACUGAGUCCAGGACUCUCGUCGCAGGAUUUCGAUCGAGUUAAGAAGGAAAUAUUUUCUGAGCUUGAUAAGAAGUCACAGGCCGUCAAGGAAAUCCACUACAAACCAAGUGGCUAG